AUGCAUCCUCAAGUGUCAACUCGCGAUCCACUUCGUGAUCUUCCUCCUUCCGACAAAGCCUUAUUCGUCGAAUUCGGCGUUGGACCUACAGUUCCCUCCCCGUUCCAAUGCGUUCACCACGCCUUUGAAUCUCAUGCUCGCUCUCAACCUGAUGCCAUCGCAGUUGAAGACUUCGAGCACACAAUCACGUAUUCCGAGCUAGACCGUCGAGCCAACUGUCUGGCCAGCCGCCUCCAGGACAUCGGAGUUGUUCUUGACUCUCGCAUCUGCUUCUUAGCAGAACGAUCCAUCGACAUGGUCGUAGGCAUCCUGGGGAUUUUGAAAGCUGGCGCUGCUUAUGUUCCAUUGGAUGGCAACAUCGUCUCUGACAGUACUUUGAAGCAUGCAUUACGCGGUUCGGGAACAUCAGUUGUUCUUGUUCUCCAGAAAUUUGCACAUCGCGUAGAAGGUCGCCAAACGAUCUGUCUCGAAGAAAUAAUUUGCAAGGAGUCUAACUCUCACUGCACCAAACCUAAAGAUCUAUCGACAUCCAAACAUGGUGUGUACGUCAUUUAUACCAGUGGAACCACAGGUGUACCAAAAGGUGUCGACGUGACACACGGAAACGCCACAAACUUGCUCUGUCUCGCACCCGGAAAUUUGGGAAUGCGACCUGGACUUCGAGUUUCCCAACUCAUGAAUAUUUCCUUUGACAUGGCAGCCUGGGAAAUUCUUGGCAGUAUGUGUAAUGGCAGUACACUUUGCCUUAGGGGGAAAACAUCCAAACAGUGGCGCGAAGUCAUGAAGCGAGUGGAUAUCGUUGUUGCGACUCCAUCGAUGCUUUCGCCUCAUAAACCUUCUGAUUAUCCCAACAUCAAGACAGUCGCUGUAGCUGGCGAACCCUGUCCCAAAGCUCUGGCUGAUGAAUGGGCUCUCCAGGCCCAGUUCUAUAACUCUUGUGGCCCAACAGAGAUUACCAUCGUGAAUACUAUGCAAGAUCAUUCAUCGGGAGAGUUUCUCACCAUCGGCAAACCCACACCAAAUAACACGGUUUAUGUCCUUGACGAUGAUAUGAAACCAUUGCCGAUUGGUGCAGUUGGAAUUAUGUGGGCUGGCGGUGCCGGGAUAACCAGAGGAUAUGUUGAUCUUCCUGAAAAAACUGCGGAGAGAUACAUGUUGGACCCUUUCACCAGAGACGGAAAAAUGAUGUUCAACACAGGCGAUCUUGGUCGAUGGCUUCCCAACGGGACCCUCGAACAUCUUGGCCGCAUUGAUAACCAAGUUAAAAUAAAAGGUUUUCGCGUCGAAUUGGAUGGCGUCGCCACUGCGAUGGAGACGUGCUCUGGAGUUCAUGCUGCGGUCGCUAUCCUCAUCGAAGGACAAUUAUGGGGCUUUGUUACUCCAUCUGACGUUGCACCUGAAGACAUUAAAGCUGCGGCUGCCAAGAUACAACCAUAUUAUGCGGUGCCCACGAACAUUCUUUGCAUGGAUUCAUUCCCACACACUGCUAACGGAAAGACAGACCGCAGAGAGUUGGAGAAGAUGGCCCGAUUGCAUAUGUCACCACCAGAAGUUGCCAAAGAAUUGACCGUAAGCGCACGUCCGGACACCACCAUUACUCCAGAGGUGGUUAAGACGCCAACAAAAGUCGACGCAAUCACAGUGCCCAUUGCUUCCUAUCAACCUAACUCCAAAAUCGAAGAUCCCGAAGCUGUGCUCAGUCCAAGCUUCGGAAGCCCUGUUGAAGGCGCCGCCAGUGUGUCGGACCUUGGUUCAGAGGUAUCUUCUCUUUCCGCAGCAAAACCAGAAUAUCCUUGGUCAGGAUACCAAGAUGAUGUUAUCCCAUCGAAAACGCAAGGCAAACUCGUCCGUAAUCUCCGCCACCAAAUUUUCACACUUUAUCGACGUCUUUUUGGAGUUGUUUUUAUCACGAAUAUGGCCAUUUUCAUUUCAGUUAUCUUCAAGGGAGCAAACGCUCAGCAAAUUGCAACCAUUGUCAUCGCCAACCUUUUCUGUGCAAUUUUGAUGCGUCAAGACUAUGUUAUCAACGCUUUUUUUAACACCUUUUGCGCUGUCCCUCCUUCAUGGCCCUUGGCAAUUCGCCGCGUCUGUGCUCGUGUGUAUCAUAUCGGUGGUUUGCACUCUGGAUGCGCGACAUCAGGAGUAGUCUGGCUUGUCUUAUUCACCGGACAGGCCACUAAGGAGAUGGUGCAAGAACAAAAGAUAUCUAUACCCACUAUCGUCAUCACAUACUGCAUUUUAACUUUAUUGAUUGGCAUUGUUAUUUUUGCCUACCCAACAAUACGGUCUAAGAAGCAUAAUACUUUCGAAAAAAUGCAUCGUUUCUUGGGAUGGACUGCUACGGCUCUUGUGUGGUGCCAGUUUGUUCUUUUGACAAAUGAUUAUAAAGAAGAGGGUCAACGACUUGGUAUGGUUAUGAUCAAAUCGCCCCCUUUCUGGUUGCUGGUAAUUUUGACUGGUUCCAUUAUCUUGCCAUGGGUGCGACUUCGCAAAGUUCCAGUGAGAAGUGUUGUCCUGUCCAACCAUGCUGUUCGCCUUUAUUUCGAUUACGUAACCCCUAUCCCUGGCAGCUUCACCCGUAUUUCCGACGAUCCCCUCUUUGAGUGGCAUGGAUUCGCAACUGUGCCUGUUCCUGGAGAAAAGGGAUAUUCUUUGGUUGUCAGCAGAGCUGGAGAUUGGACGGCUAAACAGAUCCAAAACCCGCCCACACAUUUGUGGGUGAGGGGCAUUCCUACAUUCGGGGUUCUUCGUAUUGUUCCCCUCUUCCGCCGUCUCGUCUUUGUUGCCACCGGGUCAGGUAUUGGGCCUUGUGCUCCUUGCAUUUUGGAAAAACGCGUCCCGAUCCGCCUUCUUUGGACUUCGCCCAAUGUUCGCGAAACUUUCGGAGACGAAUUCGUCGAUGCUAUAGUUGGUGCAUCUCCUGAUGCCAUGAUAUAUGAUACACGCGCUCAUGGAAAGCCUGACAUGGUCAAGCUUACAUAUCGCCUCGUAAAAGAAUUCAACGCCGAGGCAGUAUGCGUUAUCUCGAACCAGAAAUUAACACAGAAGGUUGUGUACGGCAUGAUGAGUAGGGGAAUUCCUGCCUUUGGCGCGAUCUGGGACUCCUAG